AUGUCACUCAACUCUAGUUGGACACCAGACGAACCGUCUGAAACGCUUCUCGCAGAGAAAGGCUGGUUGCAGGGCACAGUGGUCAGCGCCGUUGCAUAUGGCAUUGGCGUCGCGCUGUUCUUCAUGUGCUUCCACCUCCUUUUCCGGCAGAUGAACCGCACGAACUACAAGAAACUCCUGCCUUUCCUCAUAUACAUCACCACAACUUUUAUCCUCAGCACCCUAUUUAUGGCAGCGCUGGCCGACUUCACGCAACUUGCAUUCAUUCAAUAUCGUAAUUAUCCAGGUGGUCCGAGCGCAUUCGAGAAUCUCAGCAUUCCUAUGGACAAUAUUACGGACGUCUGUGGUGUUCUGACGAUGAUUCUUUCAGAUGGAUUGGUCGUUUGGCGCUGCAUGGUAAUUUACAGAGGGUGCAUGGUGCCAAUGUGGAUCAUCAUGUUGUUCCCUUGUCUGAUGUUUGCUGCAUCCAUCGCUAUGGCUAUAAUGUGGCUGCUUCAAGUAACCGCCAGUACCUCGUAUUUCUCCUUGACUGACAUCGACUACACCAUUCCAUAUCUCACCCUCUCACUCGCACUGAACAUCAUCAUCACGAUCGUUAUCGUACUUCGUCUACUCACAUAUCGUCGUCGCAUUUCUAAAGUUCUUGGCUCUAGCUACGGCACUCAAUACACGUCGAUUGCUGCGAUGAUAGUUGAAUCCGCCGCUCUUUACUCCACGUUCUCGGUGGCAUUUCUGACGCUCUUUGGUCUAAACAAUGCCAUCUCGGAGACUUUCCUGGUGUCGCUGACUCAGGUUCAGGUUAGCACCGUUAAACAGAGAGGCAUUCACGCUGCUUAUGACAUGCCACAGAUAAUUGCAAUGUUGCUCAUAGUUUUCCGACUCGCGCAAGGAAAGGGUUGGUCUCAGGAUACCAUGUCUGAGGUCAUGACCUCGAGGCCCUCAGCGCAAACAACCCGUAUGGGUGAUUUCGGGUACAAUUUGCAGGACAGCUCCAAAACGUUCACCGGUUCCACUGGCACGGGGGCACGUACGACCUACAAGAGUAAGCACCGCGAUUCAGCGGAAUUGUCUGUAUGAGCAAAGGUCGCUCAGUAGAUACCUACUGAGAUAUUAGUUGUGUCCCGGGUCGAAGUAAAUACAUCUUGACACAAAUUAGGAUUUAGUAUACUUGACGGUAGUAUGGACCUUAGGCAGGAUUCGAUUAGAUUGUUUGUACUCUACGCCGAUUACUUUGAAAAUAAGACAUUCAGCCAAACCCUUGCACUGGUA